CCGAUCACCUGCCCGACCAGUCUGAUAACAACCGUCAGCCAUACCACCGCUCUGAACAUCACGCGGACUCGAAAACGGUCGCGCGUUAUCGAAAAAUAACCUAAAACAUAAUUAAAACCGUGGGUAAUUAACUACAGAAUUUAGUCACAGUUUGGAACGCGUUUCGACACGCGAUAGUGUUUUGUUUUCGAAAAGGAAUCCGCUCUCGAGAUGCGAACUAUUAAUUAGAGCGAGAAGGCAAAAUGUCAAUGUUGUUUGUGACGGCUGUGUUUGUGUUGCUCCUGAGGGUGGAUAGCAGAUUCGUCGGAGACAAAUGUCAAGCCGAAGGCAGACCAGGCAUGUGCCGACUCCUGGACGACUGCCGGCCACUACUUGCAGAAAUCAAGCGGGGCGGGACCCCCAUGCCAGCCUACAUUAGGAGGAAGCUGCAGACGCUCAUGUGUGGCUUUGACACGGAUAAGCCUAUCGUAUGUUGCCAAUCAGAAUCGCAGACCGAACCCCCAACCCCCCUCUUCACUGUACCCCACGGGUUGGGCAUCCCCUUCAACAACUGGGAAGAUUCUUCACAAAACUGGGGCUCUGACUUUACCACGUCUACUACUAGAAGACCGUCAUGGAACAGUGACACACCUACUAGAACACCUUGGAACAGAGAUACUCCUACUAGGAGACCGUCUUGGAACAGCGAUACAACUACUAGAAGACCAUCUUGGAAUAGUGACAGUACCAAAAGACCAUCAUGGGGAAGUGAUAAUGAUAUAACGAAUAACAAAAAUGGAAAAGAAGAAGCGGUAGAUGUGAGAAAUCAUAGGAAUUUUCGACUGUUGCCUACGGAUUGUGGAGUUAUCGAGGAUGAUAAGAUUUGGGGAGGCAACAGAACGAGACUGUUUGAGAUGCCCUGGAUGGUGCUCAUCUCUUACAAUUCAGCACGAGGCACGAAGCUCAGCUGCGGAGGUACCCUCAUCCACGAGCGCUACGUAUUGACGGCAGCGCACUGCGCGUCCUUCCUCGGCGAGCGUCUGAGACUUUCUGGAGUGGUUCUCGGAGAAUACGACACCAGGACUGACCCUGACUGCGAAUGGGAUGAGGGGGAGAGAAUGUGCGCUCCUAGUACACGAAACGUUACCGUCGACACCAUCAUCCCUCACCCCGGCUACAGUCCGCAGAACUUAUUUGAUGACAUCGCGCUCCUGCGGCUCUCGGAGCCGGCGGAUUUUACACAAGAUAACAUCAAACCAGUGUGUCUACCAUCGACACCGGAGCUGCAAGCAGACAGCAUGGUAGGCCAACAGGUAGUGGUGACCGGGUGGGGAGCCACGGAGGAUGGGCUUCAGUCACCUGUACUACUUAGUGUGGCGCUACCAGUGGUUUCCAAUUCGGAGUGCCAGGAUGCUUACAACGGCUCCCCCCGCAUUUACAACAGACAAAUGUGCGCUGGCGGCGUCCCUGACAAAGACUCCUGCGGCGGCGAUUCUGGAGGCCUUCUACACCCGGGAGUAGUAGGUCGAGUGGGCCUCCGCUACGUGCAACGGGGGAUAGUGUCCUAUGGCUCUAAACGUUGUGGGGUUGGAGGAUUCCCUGGGGUUUAUACUAGAGUUGGACACUAUAUGGACUGGAUAUUGGACAAUAUGCGACCUUGAUUCUUGCGUCCAGAGGCCGCCUUCUACACCUGGGGUUAGUAGGUCGAGUAGGCCUCCGCUACGUUCAGCGAAGAAUGAUAUCUUAAUGGCUCUAAAUGUUGUGGGGUUGGAGGAUUCCCUGGGGUAUAUACUAGAGUUGGGCACUAUAUGGACUGGAUUUUAGAUAAUAUGCGGCCCUGAUUCUAGUAGUGUUAUUCUGGAGGUUCUCUCUUACACCAACACGACAAUAUGCGACCUUCAUUCUGAAAAUUCUUCUGGAGACCCUCUCUUACAACCGGGGGUAGUAGGUCGAGUAGGGCUUCGCUACGUGCAACGGGGGAUAGUGUCUUUUGGCUCCAAGCGGUGUGGGGUUGGAGGAUUCCCUGGGGUUUAUACUAGAGUUGGGCACUAUAUGGACUGGAUAUUGGACAAUAUGCAACCUUGAUUCUCAAAGUCAAAGUCAAAAUAUUAUUUAUUCAAAUAGGCUUACAAUAAGCACUUUUAAAUGGUCGUUUUCUUGAGUCCAAAGGCCGUCUCCUACACCUGGGUUUAGUAGGUCGAGUAGGCCUCCGCUACGUUCAGCGAAGAAUAGUAUCCUAUGGCUCCAAGCAGUGUGGGGCUGGAGGAUUCCCUGAGGUUUAUACUAGAGUUGGGCACUAUAUGGUCUCGAUUUUAGAUAAUAUGAUAUAUCCUAUAUAUAUAUCCGUGACGGAGGCCGCAUCCUCCAGCCAAUUUUGUAUUGAACAAUAUAAGUAUUCGCUCUUCUUAUGAGUGCGUUGAAAAUAAAUACUCAGAAAUGUGUGCGUGUGUGUUUGUAAAUAAAGAACAACAUAAGAUUUUAUAUUUUGUUAGAUUUAAGUACCUAUAUUUAAGCUUCGUAAAUACAUGUCUUGUUCUUAUUAUAUCAAGGAUUAAUAAAUGCCUUUCUAUCCGCAAAAAUGAGGGUAGGUGCCUAUUCUGAAAGGGUACUUUUUGCAGUAGAGCGUGUACAGCGAAUUGUGCAAUAAUAUAUUAGAUAGUACCUAUUAUCUGUAGAACCAAAAGCGUGUCAUAUCGUCACUACUUUGAAAAAAUCUCGUAUCUCACGCUGCUCCUCAAAGAUAAAACGCAGUAAGUCUAUAUGCAUUCCAUACAUACUUACUACAAUUUUCUUUUCAUUGACAGACGAAGA